UUAUAGAAAGGAAAAGGGAAAAAUUAAAUAAAAAAUUUCUAAAAACCUGAUAUUAGAAGGCAAAAACCAGCCAGUGACGACAACCGCAUUUUCCUACCCAUAGGGCCGAAAGGUAAUAAGAAAAAUGCGACGGCACCGUUGCCACCAGAUGGCCCGAUCCGUUUCCGAAACGGAGAGCGAGACCGACACCGAGACGAUGAGGUGCAUAUCGUGCAAGGAAGAGUACGGAGCACGUGACGCCGGCACGUGCAAGGAGUGCUACGAGGAAGCAAGCGAGACCGAGGAAGAGCUGAAGCGAGAGAUCGAAGAUCUCAAAGCCAAAGUCGCCUUUUUACGCUUUUGGUCUCCGCUUGAUCACACCCACCGUGGCUCCACCUCGCCUGGUCUCUUCUUCCCCAACAUCGUUUUGGUCGCUUCCGAUGAUGGGUCCCCUGGCUUGCCCCCUGUUCCUGUACCCGCCCAUAAAGCCGUUUUGGUGAAUCGUUCACCAGUGUUCAAGGCAAUGCUUGAGAAUGAGAUGGAAGAAAGCAGGAGUGGAACCAUCAAGAUCAUUGAUGUUUCGUACGAUGCUCUCCGUGCCUUUGUAAACUAUUUGUACACAGCGGAAGCAUGGCUGGAUGAGCAGAUCGCUUGUGACCUUCUGAUUUUGGCUGAAAAAUACCAGGUGAAGCAUCUCAAGGGGUAUUGUGAGAAGUUCCUGGUAUCCAAAUUGAACUGGGACAAUUCACUUAUGAGCUAUGCCUUUGCUCACCAGCACAGCGCCAAGCUCAUGCUUGAUGCAGCUUUGUGUUUGAUAACAGACAACAUGGAUAAGCUUACUAAAAGGGAAGAGUAUAUGGAACUUGUCGAAAAGGAUCCCCGUCUUGUUGUUGAAAUUUACGAAGCUUAUCUCUCCAAACAGUUUAAUACUGCCGCUCAUAAAGAUACUUCAAUGAAAGCAUAGUCAACUCUGAUCAAGGAUUGUUUUGUUCAUUUGGAUAAUUUAGUUUUUCGUAAUUGCUGAUGGAUGAACUUUUUAGUAUAUAUAAAAGAAGAAAAGU